CAUUAAUAUGGGUUCACUUUUCGAGAUCAAAGUCUCAGCUCCGGGUAAAGUGAUUUUGCAUGGAGAACAUUCUGUGAUGUACGGAAAGUUCGCUAUUGCGGGCAGUCUUGGACUUAGAAGUGUUAUAGUUGUCAAGGAAGUUGAGUCAUCUGUUGGAUCAUUUGUCAAUGUAGAUUUGCCGUCCGUGAAUCUCAAACAUUCUUUAUCCCUUGAUCAUAUUCAGAGCUAUUUAUUCAAACCAUCAACGAACGGUCAGCUACUGUGGAAAAACCCCCAAACUGUCGACCACGAAAGCCACCUAAUCAAAGUGGACAAAUGCCUUCAAUCAAUAAAUCUUAAUAUUAAUGACCUGAACAGUGUUCAAUAUAAUUCAUUACGUGGAAUGCUAUAUCUUAUUUCUGGAAUUUUCGGCGACACGAAAUUUUUGAAUAAUAGCCUAGAUGUUAGCAUAAAUUCUGGACUAACAGUUGGAGCAGGAACCGGAAGUUCAGCGUCAUACGCGGUAUGUUUGGCGGGUGCUUUAAUACAACUCUUGAAAUUGAAGAGUGGAAAAAGUGAUGAAGAAUUUGAAAUGGAAGACAAAAUUUUAAUAUCGGCUUGGGCUUACAACUGUGAAAAGAUAAUGCACGGUUCACCUUCAGGUAUAGAUAAUUCAACAUGCACACUUGGAUCGUUAGUUGGAUUCAGAAAAGGAGAAGAACCGAUCAUACCAUCUUUCCAGAUAAAUUUACGAAUACUCUUAGUUGAUACUAAAGUUAGCCGCGAGACUAAGAUUUUAGCCGCGAAAACAAUGUCUCUAAGGCAACACAAUCAGAAUGCCGUGGAUUGUAUUAUGGACGCAUGUGAUCAUAUCGCGACCACUGCUUUUAAGAUUAUGGAAAAACUAUCUGCCUGUAACCCGGAAGAUUCUGAAGCACACUACAAACAUCUAUCAGAGUUGUGGAACAUGAAUCACUGUCUCCUAGCUUCUUUGGGCGUUUCUCAUCCGUCGUUAGAGGACAUCAAAGCAUCGGCCACGAAACAUGGACUCGCCUGUAAGCUCACGGGGGCAGGGGGUGGAGGAUACGCCAUAGUAUUAAUACCGCCGACAACUGAACAGACUCUUGUCGAAUCCUUAAGCAAUGAACUGAAGAUCAAAGGAUAUACAGUUAGUGACACCCAGCUCGGAGGUCCCGGCGUUCGUAUAGAUCACAUAGACGUAACUAAUAUAUAAUUUGUAUCAAGGACCUACUAACUAAACGUUAUUAAACAUAAUCGCACUUUUGUAUAUAAUUUACUUAAAAAAAAUAUCCUGCUGGAAAAAUAUCACUUGAUCUGAUAUUGAUUUUUUAAAACAACUGUGAACUGUGUGUAACUCUCAGUUUUGAAUGUUCGGAAAUAGCGCCUAUACGUCAUAAUAAAGUAAGAUUGCUUUAAUGUUACAUGACAUUUUAAAACAUUCUUGAAGUGACAGCUAAAUGUUCACAAUUGCAAUUUAAAAAAAAAACUUGUUUACUAUAGUUUUAAGUUUUCAAUUCUGCCGGCAGUCCCCAUGACAGGU